AUGGCAGAACAAACCGAUCAUCGCCGUCCCAUGAAGAUCAUCGCCGGCGCCGACUCCUUCGGCUGCGACCUGAAGGACGCCCUUGUCGCCCACCUCCGGUCCCUCAACAUCGAUGUCGAGGACCUCGGCACCAACAAGUACUACUCCGCCGGCGAGGAGGUCGGCCGCCGCGUCAGCUCCGCCGCCUCUGCCGGCGAUUCUUCCGUCGAGACACGUGGACUCGUCGCCUGCGGCACCGGAGUCGGUGUCUCGAUUUUCGCCAACAAGUUCCCCGGCGUCUACGCCGCCACCUGCCUCACCGCCGGCGAGGCCCAGAACACCCGCUCCAUCAACAACUGCAACGUCCUCGCCGUAUCCGGCAUGUCCACUUCGCCGGAAUCCGCCGUCGAGAUCCUUAAUACCUGGUUGAACACCCCCUUUAGAUCUCCGUGCCCUGCCUCCGACUCUAAGCCCUGGUCUCCCGAAAUUGAUUCUUUCUUCGAGAACUCAGUCGCUGAAAUGUCCCAUAUCGGAUCCAAUUCGACCGUCCCCACGGAGACUUGCGCGAUUUGCUGCCUGGCAAAGAACCGAGAGUUCACUCCGGUGGAGGUGAUGCCGGGCGGGUCGAUGAAGAUAGUGAGGGAGACGCCGACGUCGGCGAUAGUGAGGUUCAAGGCGGGGAGCGUGGAGCCGGCGCAUCACCACACAUUCGGGCAUGAUCUUGUAGUGCUCAAGGGUAGCAAGAGGGUGUGGAACCUCACCAAGAAGGAGAAGUACGAUUUGGUCGUGGGCGACUUCUUGUUCACGCCAGCCGGGGACGUGCACCGGGUCAAGUACUUCGAGGACACGGAGUUUUUCAUCAGGUGGGAUGGCCACUGGGAUCUCUUCCUCGACGAGGACCUUGCCGCUGCUCACGCCGCCAUUGAGAAGGACAAUUAG